CAGGCCGUGAUCCCACAAUAGGACAGGCUCUYCUCCACACUCCRCCGUACAUAAAGAUUCCAGCCAUGCCUCGUGAAUUUCUAAUACCGAAGCCUUCCCAGCUGCUCCUUGUGAUACUUGCUGUCAAUUUKCCUUUGGUUUCUGCUUUUCAGUCGAAUUUCUGCGCGAAUCGGCCUACUCUGCAGAAGUCAUCCACAACAAGUCGAAGCGUCAGCGAGGAUCAGAUAAGUGAUUUUGACCGACCGAGUACAUUUUUGGACAACGAGGACGACGACUUGAAUGUGUUAUUUAUCGACGAAGACGACGAUAUGGAUGAGGACGAAGACGAAGCGCCUGCCAAAGGUAAAGGUCGUUCACGCUGGGAAAAUUUGAAACCAUCGAUCAAGAAGCGACUUAUCGCAAAGGGCCAGGCCAAGGCUGUUGCMAACAAAAAAAAACGUGAACCUGCGGCGGAAAAGAAACGAAGUAAGUUUGCCUUAAUUGUUGAUUCACCUAUUGCUAUUUUUUUCUCUAUUUCUAGAUGGAUGUGCGUUGUUUUUCCUUGUUCCUAGUUUGUGCUYCUCGGAUUCGAUAUUGCGAGUAAUCAUUUUGUGGUUUCUCCAUUGCCUAAAAACCUUUUUUAUUGUUGAUCAAUACCGUUGCAGGAAUGAUGAUGAAAUUCAAAGAAUUGCAACGGGAAAAGAAAAAAGAUUCUCGAAUCAAGCGACCACUUGGGUUCGACGAACGAGCACCGCUGACAGCAUUUUUCCCAGGUAUGGAAGUGACUGGAACAGUAAUUUCAUUGACGAACUAUGGAGCCUAUGUCGAUGUUGGGACUGAGUGCGACGGAUUAUUGCACAUAUCACAAAUGACUCGYGAUUUCUUUGUUGAACACCCUCGGCAAGUCGUUACUCCGGGUGACGAAGUUACAGUUAAGAUUCGUUCCACGAGUCCAGAAUUGAAAAAGAUGCAGCUGACUAUGUUGGAUGCGGCGGAACAGUCCGAGUCUAACUCUUGGGGUAACAACGCUAUCGAAGAUGACGAAGAACGAACGUCGUUGUCGGAGUUUGAGUUGGAUGAUGAAUUGUGGGGUGAAUUAAGAAGAGUCACAAGUUUCGGAGCCUACGUAGAAGUUGGGGCUGAGGUGGAUGCAUUUUUACAUUUCAUGGAUCACCCAUUGUGGGAAGAUGGAAAGACGCCUUCUGAAUUCAUGGAACGGGGACAACGCGUACGCGUGUGGGUCGCCGAUCUAGAUAUGGAAAAGAAACGAAUUCGUGUGACUGCCUGCAGGCCAGAAGAUUUACCAGGUCCGAGAAUGGAAUUCUGAAUGCAUUUUUCACGAUGUUGAAUUGAGCCGACGAAAUUAAUUUCAUCUAGUUUU